AAUCGAAAUUCGAAAUUCCGAGUUUGACGUUCACACUUCACACAUUUGACAAACUGACAUUUGCAUAAAGUUUAUUUAUUUAAAUUUUUAUUAAUUAACAUCAAACCGUAUUUACAAACAACGAUAGAAAUCAAAUAGAUCUGUCAUGCCUUUGUCGUACGAUACUAUAGUAGUGGGGCUGGGUGCGGCGGGGGCCACCGCUGCGGCGACGUUGGCGCGCGCUGGGCGACGCGUGCUGGCGUUGGAGGCGCAGGACAGGGUCGGUGGACGAGUGAAGACUGUGCCCUUCGGUGACGGAGUUGUGGAGGUCGGUGCUGAAUGGAUCCAUGGCACUGACAACAGUAGAGUCUACGAUAUAGCUGUGAAGAACAACAUAUCUCUGGUACCCCAGGAACUGACCAUGAAUGUGUUCAAAUCCAAUGGCGAAGUCGGUGAAAGUGAUCUAGUCAACGAACUGCUUAUGUUCUGUCUGGGGGUCGUAGAGCACCCCCCCAAAGACCCUGAACCUUUGGGAAGUUUCAUCACUAGAAGAGUAAAGGAGUAUUUAAAAGAAAAUCAUCCAGAGGUGUUGAACGACAAGGAUUUUGUGGACGAAUUCCUCGAGUUCAUGAACUUGGUCAUCAACAACUAUGAGGCCACCAAUGACUGGAACGAUUGCAGCGCACAAACUAACUACACCGAGUUACCUGGACACCAGCAUGUGAGCUGGCACAGAUAUGGAUAUAAGACGUUCUUUGAUAUACUGUUGAACACGUUUAGCAACGGUCCGGGCUGGCCGACAUUGGACAUCAAACUGAACAUGGUAGUAGCACAGAUAAUAUGGCCGAAAGACUGCACCGGACAAGUGAAGGUAGUCAGCAAAAAUGGCGACACGUUCACAGCGGACAACGUAAUAGUGACAGUGUCGCUUGGAGUGUUGAAGGAGAAACACGCAGAUAUAUUCUACCCCCCAUUACCGAAAGACAAAGUGGAAUCCAUUGAAAGGAUACCCAUGGGUUUGAUGGGUAAAAUUAUUGUCAGUUUCGAAAACCCCUGGUUACCCAGCGGUGUGUUUUACGGGUUUCUGUGGAGAGGGGUCGACAAGGCGGGGGUCAGUGACGAAGAUUAUUGGACGACCAGGAUUUUUGGAUGCAGCACUCCUAUGGGUUCUAAAACUGCGUUAACUUUUUGGACUAGCGGGGAUGUUGGGAAAAUGGUAGAAACUUUACCAGAAGAUGUAGUCAAAAGGAAAGUUAUGGAAUUGUUGCGAAAAUUCAUGGGAAAGGCGAACAUACCGGAGCCGACGGGGAUUAUUAAGUCGAGUUGGUACUCCAACCCUUACACUAGGGGCAGUUACACGUAUGACAACCUGCUGGUCACCCAGUACCCGAACGCGCGCGCGACCCUCGCGGAACCCUUGCGAGACGUCGCGGGAACCCUCAGGGUACUAUUCGCGGGUGAAGCCACAGACUCUACAUACUUCUCCACAGUGCACGGAGCGAGCGACUCCGGUUACAGGGAGGCUAUGAGACUACUGCCCAGUAGUAAGAUAUAGGAAGAAUGUAAAAUAGGGAUGAUGACAGUUUUUUAAAUUGUAUAUAAAUGAAGAGUAUGCUAAUAGUAAAGCAAUUUUGUAAAAGUAACAGGGUAUCUGCGAUCAUUACUUUCGGAGCUACAGGGAUUUAAAGGGUCAGAUUUGAGGCGCUGCCGCGGAUCCCUGAAAAACUCCCCAUACAAAAUGGCUCGAACUAAUGACGUCAUAGGCAAUGUAAUGAUCGUUAGAUUUGUAUGCGCGUUCAAACAAAAUUACUAAUAUCUUUGUUAUUUGUGCGUUUAUGCUUAUAGUUCAUAUAUUAAAAAAUGUCACAUUUAAUGUAAGGAAGCUAAAACUGUAUGAAUUUUCAUCUAAUUACGAUAAAAUACUUUUAAUAGAUUUUGAAAUUUUAUAAUCUCAUUUAUUUUGCAAAUAUCCAGACAAUCAUUGCUUUUUAUGUAUAAAUUAGUUAACAUUGGCCUUAUUUACCCGAAUGUAUCAUAAAAAUCAAUAUAUUCAAACCUAGUCAUCAUCCCCAUUGUUGUGUUCAUAUUAUGUUUUUAUUUUCUUUCUUUUUGGAACACAGUUCUAGGUUAGACGGAAAAAAUUAAGACCAAAAAUUGUAACGACACUGUACCUGCGUAAGAAGGUAAUAAGGUACCGUAUACAAGUGAGAGCUGCCUCAUCCAGUUACUAAUAAUUAACAUAAUCAUUAUGUAUAUAUGUAAAGUUUGUAUAAUGUUUGUACACUUUUUAAUAAAGCAAUAUCAUUUAUUA